GAGACUUACCUGGAACUCUUCUCGAUGGAGGUGAUGAACCUGAUCCGGGCUUCCAGGACGACAGUCCGUGCACCGCGGCGACCCCCUGGCAGGGUGGUCCCGGCGGAUGCUGCAGAGCUCAAGGCGCCCGCUCCUCCGAGCAAGCCGCGCUGCCCUGCGCCCUUCACCGCCCGAAUGCUGGUUCAGAUCGGGAAUUCACUGGCUCAGCUGAGCUCAAAGUAUGCCACGCGCUUUAUGGACGCCUACCAG